AAACUUUUAAAUGAACCCAAAAUAAGAUGGCAGCGACAAUUCGACUUGGUCAACAUCUUAAGGAACUUAGAAUACAUUUGUGCCAGAAAUCUGGACCCAGUAAAGGCGUUAGGGAUUUCAUUGAGAAGCACUAUGUGAAUCUGAAGAAGAACAAUCCCAAGUUUCCAAUACUAAUCCGGGAAUGCAGUGGAGUACAACCUAAACUGUAUGCUAGAUAUGAGUUUGGUAAAGAAUCGAGUCUGUCAUUAUCAGAUAUGUCGGCAGAUCAGGUGACAAAAGCAAUUGAAACACUAGCUAAACGAUGACCAGAUACCUGCAUUGUCAGCAUGUGUGUUUACUUUGAGACUCAAGUAGUGGAACCUAAUAUUUACUAUGUGAUGUAUUUAUCAGCUGGACAAAUUAUGCCAAUGGCCGUGUUGUACAUAAGGAAGACUCAUUCUGGUAUUUAUAGAGCUGUAAGAUGAUGAUUAAAAAUAGAGUGCAUUUUGUUUA